AUCCAUCACCUUUCCUCAACCUCAUCCUGUUCAUCGCUUUCACUCUAUCCUAGGCAACACCGCUCCGCACUUAAAAUAAUACGUAUUCUAUGAUCUUUCCCCGGUUGAGAUCCCUUCCUCGACCCCGAUUCAUGUCUUCUGCUCCGGUUGCCGGCGGAGCAAGCUCCCCUCUGCGUCGACGGUUCGCACCGCUUGAUCCGCAACGUCAAUCGGGGUCAUCAGGAGCGCCAAUCCUCAAGGGCAUGGUAUUUGACGUCGAUGGGACACUAUGCCUUCCGCAGAAUUACAUGUUUGCUGAAAUGCGAGCAGCCCUCGGAAUCCCUAAAUCCGUCGACAUCCUGCACCACAUCCAGCGCCUCCCAACAGCCGAGGAGCGCGAGAUCGCGGCUGAAAAGAUCCGGACCGUCGAGCGCCGCGCUAUGCAGCACCAGCAGGCGCAGCCGGGACUUGUCGAGCUGAUGGAUUAUUUGCAGAAGAGGGGGAUUCCGCGGGCUUUGUGUACGCGGAAUUUUGAAACACCCGUCACCCGGCUCCUAGAGAGCUUCCUCCCAGAACACGUCUUCCUGCCAAUUAUCACGCGCGAGACGCCUGGUUUGAUGCCGAAGCCUGAUCCGGCUGGCAUCUUGUACAUAGCCACCGAAUGGGGAAUGGAGAAUCGAGCGGAAAAUUUGAUCAUGGUAGGAGAUAGUAUCGACGACAUGACGGCGGGUCACACCGCUGGUGCAGCAACAGUCUUACUGGCGAAUGAGUUUAACGCCUAUUUGAAGGAUCAUGAACAUACAGAUAUCUGGAUUGAGCGGUUAGACGAUUUGAUUGAGAUUCUAGAGCAGGGAUUCAUUGGACAUAGAGGUGGCAAUUAGUUGUAUAGACGCAAUAGUUCCCAUGUUAGCCCGCAAGAGCGUUUUACCACUUUGAUCUAAGCCUGUUACUGUAGAUGCGAUUAAAUUGAAAAUGUCUAUACUGCCACAGGAAGGGGGGCAAGGGAUUGUUUCACGU